CCCCACCUCAGCACAUAUUAUUACUCAUCAAGUAAACGCAAGAUAAGGUCUCUGACUAGAGGUCAAAGGUCAACUAACAAAUCAUCAUGUUGGUCCGGCAGAUCUCGAAGCUUUUCAAAAGCCCUCUGAAAUCCAUUGAAAUUGGUUUAUGGUCAACGGCCUUAGAACAAGUCCGUCCGGCGUUGAGCCUAUGUGGUGUGAGAUGGGCAUCAAAGAAGGCUGGCAGCAGCAAGAGGAACCAUGGAGGCAAGAGCCCUGGCCAGAGACUGGGCCUCAAGAAGAAUGAAGGAUGUUAUGUGCAACCCGGUAUGAUUCUGGUCAGGCAGAAGAUGGCAUUCCGAUGGUACCCUGGGAACUUUGUUACGACAGGGCGUGACAGGACCCUAUCGGCCCAGGUGGCAGGUACCGUCUACUUCACCCAGGAGCGGUGGAACCCUAGACCAGACACGGAGUUUGGGAGAUCCGUCGCCCCUACGCUGUCAGACGAGGCAAUGACGAGGACAUUUGUGAACGUCAGGCCAGAGCCGGAAGUGGGGAACUUCAAACUCAAGGAACAGAUCUAACUUGGCUGUGGACGCUGUGGUUCGCUGUUAUCGACUCUGUGGAGAAACACAAGAUGACCCUUUGUGGUCGACCUCGAAAGGACUUUGAGGAUUUGCACAGUGGUUCGCGCAUGUGUUGCAUGGAGUUUCUCACUACCCAUGGUCAUCCUGAUGUGCACAGUGUCAUAGCGUGUCUUCGCGUGGUCCACAAGGACACACAUGAACAAUGGAGCUGAAAGUCUUCCAUCUCUCACAUGUAUUUCAUUAAUGGGUACUCUUGCCCAUGAAGCCUAUAAAUACGAGACUUGAUAAGCUGUUACAAAUUGUUUGUUUUUUUGUUUAAUUCAAUUCUUAUUUUAACUGGCCAGCCCAUUCAGUGGCAUCCACUGGCCUCCCAUGGGGCCUAGUAAACAAUAAAAAAAAUAAUAUUGGCUUCUUGUGUUCACUCAUGUCCGUCACGAAGUGAGGCUCCUGGCGCUCUUAUUAUUACCCUGGCUUUAGCACGGCUGCCAUUACGGCGCUCAAGCAUUGAAGGAAUUUCUUCCUACCAG